AUGCUUCCAUUUAUCAACAUACCGUUUGUCUACCUGUCGGGCAAGAUAGGGUCUUCCCCCGAUGACUUGAAGCUCAUCAGCUCAUUUCUACUAUCGUAUCCACUUUCUGGACUCCUCAAGCGUGUGCCAGACUCCAAACCCCAGCUCAAGAACCUUGUGAGCAUAGCUUUCGCGCUCUUCUACCUCGUUGGCCUCUUCGACCUAUGGAGCGGUCUCCGAACAAUCUUUAUAUCCUCGGCUGGCGCCUACGCCCUUGCCAAGUACCUGCGCAACAGCCCAUAUAUGCCAUGGAUCGCCUUCGUCUUCCUGAUGGGCCAUAUGUCGGCCAACCAGCUGAAUCGCCAGCUUCUUGCGGAGAGCACCGAUAACGCGAUGGACAUCACGGGCUGCCAGAUGGUCUUGGUCAUGAAACUUACAGCCUUCUGCUGGAACGUAGCAGACGGACUCUUGCCGGAUGAUCAACUUUCGUCCUUUCAACGCGACCGUGUCAUCCGCGAGUUACCAUCACUCCUCGACUAUACUGGCUACGUUUUGUUCUUCCCGAGCUUGCUUAUCGGCCCGGCUUUCGACUACGCCGAGUAUCGCCGCUGGCUCGAUACCUCCAUGUUCGACGUCCCUGCCAGUACCGACCCGCUCAAGAAGGCGCCCACACGCAAGAAGCGCAAGAUUCCACGUUCGGCCACGCCAGCCAUCCUCAAGAUGCUGACGGGGUUGGCGUGGAUUCUGACCUUCCUCAACCUGUCGUCGUAUUACUAUGCCGAUUUUCUCACUGGGCCCGAGUACAUGCGCUACUCUUUCCCGCGGCGCGUCUUCAUCCUGCACAUGUUUAACUUCACGGCCCGCUGCAAGUACUACGGCGCCUGGUCGCUCAGCGAAGGCUCUUGCAUUCUUGCAGGGUUGGGUUACAACGGCGUCGACCCCGUCACGGGCAAGGUUUCGUGGACCCGGGUCCAGAACAUCAAUCCCUUGGGGGUUGAAUUGGCACAAAACACUCGGGCAUACCUGGAGAACUGGAACAUCAAGACGAACAUGUGGCUCCGUAACUACGUGUAUCUGAGGGUAACUCCUAGGGGCAAAAAGCCCGGAUUCCGAGCUAGCAUGGCCACGUUUGUUACCAGCGCGGUGUGGCAUGGGUUUUAUCCAGGCUACUAUCUCAGUUUCGUGCUGGCCAGCUUUAUCCAAACCGUGGCGAAGAAUUGCCGCCGCUAUUUCCGACCCUUCUUCUUGGACCCCGCCACGCAGAAGCCGCUGCCAAACAAGCGCUUCUAUGAUAUAGCCUCGUUCUUUGCCACGCAACUAACCUUUACUUUCGCGACCACGCCAUUUUUACUCCUGCGCAUGGGCCCCUCAAUUCUUGUCUGGUCACGCGUGUACUAUUACGCCAUCGUGGGUACCGCGGCAGGCAUGGCCUUCUUUGCCUCGCCCGGCAAGAAGAUACUUCGGAAGAAGAUUGACGAGAGGAACGCCAAGGUCGCCGGCAAGGGGGAAGGAAGGGCGUCCCUCCAGAGAACAUCCAGCACUGAUAGUGUUAAUCGGAUGCCGGUCAUGGGUGUAAGUGGAGACCCGGAGCGGGAAGUUGACGACGCGGUCGCGGAGAUUAGAAGCGAGAUCGAGCUGCGUGCUCGCAGGAGAUCCUCGGCGAACAUGCCGCAGGCAAAAUGA